AUGUAAAAUUUAUAACCUUAAGAUCAACAUUCAGCUUAGAGGAAUAAAUCAUAUUCGAAUAAGGAUCCAAAUAUGGCAUUUGUAAUUUAUUUAAUAACCUAUAAAGUUAACUCAAUAAAUAUUGGAACAAUAACGAACUGGACAAAUUUCUUAGGAUGAUAAUUAAUUGUUCUCUUAUUUCUACUCUAAACAUCCUUUUAUUAUUAGCCUAAAUUAAAUGGCAGAAAUUAAUUUAAUAUCUGAAUACAUCAACUAUGUUUAAUAUAUGGAAAUAGAUUAAAAUACAGAGGUGAUAUAAAAUGGACAAUAGGGAGAACUAUUUUAUGGUUUAAUAUAGGGAAAAACUAACAUAAAUGAAUUGUGUUUUGGAAUUGAAGCUUUAAAUUAAGAUCCCUACGUUUAAGAUGUCAAAACAAUGGAAAAAUCAAAAUUUUUAACAAUCACUAGAUGCAAUUUUUAAGAGGCUGUUUAGAAAGCCAAAUUCAAGGAAAGGAAUAGUCUUAUUGAAUUUAUGAAGGAAUCUUAAAUAUUUUAUAGGAUGUCCAAGAGAACAAUUGCAUCAUUUAUAAAUUUUUUCACUUUGGUUUAUUUCAGAAAAAAUCAGAUAAUUUACAAAGAAGGAGAGCAAGCAGAUUAUGUUUAUAUCAUAAGAGUAAUAAUAUUAAAUAUUUAAGGAAGGAGAAUUUGAAUUAAGUAAAAAAUUUGAUAUUUAAAACAAACACAAAACUUUUCCAAUAUCAACAAUAGGGAAACCAGAGCUUUUUGGAGAUUUGGAUUGUCUAUUGAAUACAUGUAGAUAAUAUACAGCAAAAUGUAAAGAACAGGCAUAUUGUUAUAGAAUUUCAAAUUCAGUAAGAAUAUGAAAAUAAAAGUAGAAUUUUUAUUCGAUAAUUUAAAAGAAUCCUCAUUGUGGAAUAGAGAAUUACAUAAAUAGUGUAAUGAGAACUUAAAUAUUAAGUAGAUAAUAGCGAUUGUAGACUACUUCAUCAGUUUUAUCAGGAAACAGAAAUCUGUUAUUUGGAGUUGAAGAAAUAAAAAUGUCGAAUAAGUAACAAGAGAAAAAGUAACUAUUUAAUUUUUCUCCUGGUAAAAUUACUCAAAGAUACACUCCAGUUUAUAAUAAUUCUAACAGAAAAAAAAUGAGAGUACGUUGUGCUACUUUGUAUAAUGAAGGAACAGUGGUCAGAUGUUAACAGAAACAGCCAGGAUCAAGUGAUCGUUAAGAACAAUUAUUAAAGCUUAAAGGACAAUUAUUUGAUGAAGUAGAAAUACCAGAUCGGAUUAAAAGAAAGUAUCAAUAAUAGUUAAAAAAUCUCAAAGAUUAGACUCUAAGAAGGUAACUAUUAAUAAUAAGAACAUAAAAUAAUUAAUCAAGGAUAAUAGCAUAAAGCAUGAUUUCAUGA